AUGACAGCAAAACCAACCUGAUCGUCAACUACCUGCCCCAGAGCAUGAGCCAGGAGGAGCUGCGGAGCCUUUUUGGCAGCCUCGGGGACAUUGAGUCUUGCAAGCUCGUCCGCGACAAGGUCACUGGGCAGAGCCUGGGCUAUGGCUUCGUCAACUACGUUGAGGCGGGUGACGCCGACAAGGCCAUCAGCACCCUCAACGGCCUCAAGCUGCAGACCAAGACCAUCAAGGUGUCCUAUGCCCGGCCCAGCUCGGCCUCUAUCCGUGAUGCCAACCUCUACGUGAGUGGCCUCCCCAAGGCCAUGGGACAGAAGGAGAUGGAGCAGCUCUUCUCCCAGUAUGGCCGCAUCAUCACCUCCCGCAUCCUCGUCGACCAGGUCACAGGUGCGCCCGGAUGCCUGGGUCCCCUGGGGGAAGGGGGGCUGCCCCGAUGCCCGGGUUCCCCAGCAGGGUCUGUGGGGUGGGGGAAUGUUUCCUGGAUGCCUGGCUCCCAUGGGCGGAGGGACAGUGAGGGCUGUGUCCCACGGGUGCCCUGCACACAAGCCCGCCGCUACGGCGCCCUGCACCACCCGCCCCAGCGCUUCCGGCUUGACAAUUUGCUGAACAUGGCCUACGGCGUGAAGAGGUUCUCCCCGCUGGCCAUCGAGGCGGUGCCAGGACUGGCCGGGGUGGGCCUGGGGGCCCCUGGCGCUGGCUGGUGCAUCUUCGUCUACAACCUGGCGCCCGAGGCAGACGAGAGCGUCCUCUGGCAGCUCUUUGGGCCCUUUGGUGCUGUCACCAACGUCAAGGUCAUCCGCGACUUUGCCACCAACAAGUGCAAGGGUUUUGGCUUCGUUACCAUGACCAAUUAUGAGGAGGCAGCCAUGGCCAUUGCCAGCCUCAACGGCUACCGCCUGGGUGACCGUGUGCUCCAGGUCUCCUUCAAGACCAGCAAACAGCACAAGGCCUGA